AGCAUCAGCAAGCAGAAAGGCAGAUGAAAUAAAGGCAAAGUGUCACUGACGUUUGCCUCUGUCCUUGGAGAGGAGAUUGCUGAUAUAGAGGCACUCUGGCCUUUCCAAGACCGUCUGGCAUGAAGAUAUAACUCUAAGUUUAUCACUCCAAUUAUGGAUAUGAUCAACUCUACUGAUGACCUGCUCAAUGUCUCUACUUUAACAAGAAACAGAAUUCAGUUUCUAACACCUGCCUCAAAAGUGAUUGUGGCACUUCUUUUGUUCACGUCAUUUAUAAUUGGCACUAUCACCAAUGGUCUCUACCUCUGGGUGCUAAAAUUGAAAAUGAAAAAGACGGUCAAUACUCUCUUAUAUUUUCAUCUCAUUCUCUCCUAUUUUAUUUCAACAUUAUUUUUGCCAUUUCUGGCCAUCUCCUACCUUCAGGACAGUCACUGGAGCUUUGGAAUGGCCACGUGCAAGAUUUUCAAUAGCAUUUUGUCUGCAGGGAUGUUCGCCUCUGUUUUCUUCCUCUCUGCCAUCAGUGUGGAUCGUUAUCUUCUCACUCUUCACCCUGUGUGGUCACAGCGGCACCGAACCCCACGCUGGGCUUCCGGCAUCGCCCUGGGAGUCUGGAUCUUUGCCACUGCCCUCAGCAUGCCCUAUGUGGUUUUCAGGGAGACACAUGAUGACCGUAAAGGAACGGUGACCUGCCAAAAUAACUACGCCGUGUCUACUAACUGGGAAAGCAAGAAGGUGCAGACAUUAAAGAAAUGGAUUCACGUAGCCUGUUUCAGCAGCCGCUUCUUGCUCGGCUUCCUUCUGCCUUUCCUCAUCAUCACCUUUUGUUAUGAAAGAGUAGCCAAAACGAUGAAAGAGAGGGGCCUGUUCAAAUCCAACAAGCCCUUCAGAGUCAUGAGGACCGCCAUUAUCUCUUUCUGUGUGUGUUGGAUGCCCUACCAUAUAUACCAAGGCUUAAUUCUCACUAAGAACAGAUCACUGCUUUUCCAGUUGACUCUGAUACUCACAGUGAUAACUGUUUCUUUCAAUACUGUCUUUUCUCCCACACUCUACCUAUUUACUGGGGAGAACUUCAGAACGGUCUUCAAGAAGUCUAUUCUUGCUCUUUUGGAGUCAAUAUUCAGUGAAGAUUCUUCAGGAGAAAGAACACAAAACCUACAUUCAGAAGCCGACAUUUAA